ACUGUUUUCCAGGAGUUUCUGAAAAUUAUCCCUUACAUUCAAAAACAUUACCACAGUUAUCGACGUGUAGAUAGCAAACAAUAGCAAAGGCGGGGUAAUAGAGAUACAAUACGCCAAUAGAAUAAUAAUUAAAUAAUAAAAAUAACUCAGACGUUGUAAAUUACUCAGUGAUUUAAACGGGCAUUUUUUAGACAGAUUUUUGACAGUGGGUUGGUUGGUGAUCCUGAAACUCCGCUGAAGGGACGAAUUUGUUUGUUUUUUUUAACUCUAAGAGGUCUUAUAAUCCCUAAUACUUCAGUUCAUGGUGAUGGAUGAAUUUGCAGUGGACGCUGUAAAUAAGUGCAGAUGAGGAACUACAACCCCCAGAAUUCCUAGCAGGACUACAGCCCCCAGAAUUCCAAGCAGGGGGCAAGGGGAGGGUGGCUCCUACGGUUGGUUAGUGGGAACUGAAAUGAGUUUCUGGCUUUAGGUAGAGAAUUUAACUUUUCUUGGCUACUGAGUGGAACAACAGACACCAGUAGUGGAGUUUAUUUGUUUACAUUCUGACACUCUGAAAUUAGGUAGCUUUGUGUAUAUUUAUUGAGUGAAAGACGUAAAACAAAUUUGUACUUUCCAGCGUGAGAGGUAGGCAAACAGCAGGCAAAACAGGCAGGUACGUAAACAGAGAGGCAGGCAUACAGUCAGUUAGAUAGGCAAAGACAGACAAGCAGGCAUAGUCAGGUAGAUCGGUAGGCAGACAGGCAUACAGGCAGGUAGAUAAGCAGGCAGACACACUCAGAGACAGGCAGGCAGACUGACGUGCAGGCAUGGGGGAAUGGAGCGCCCUGGGAGAGCUGUUCAACGCCCUGCAGGCCCACUCGCCUAUGCUGGGCCGGUUCUGGCUGCUGCUGAUGCUGAUCUUCCGGAUCCUGAUCCUGGGCACGGUGGCGAGCGACCUGUUCGAGGACGAGCAGCAGGAGUUCGUCUGCAACACGCUGCAGCCGGGCUGCAAGCAGGUGUGCUACGACGCAGCCUUCCCCAUCUCGCACUACCGCUUCUGGGUCUUCCACAUCGUGCUCAUCUCCACCCCCGCCCUCGUCUUCAUUGUGUACGCCAUGCACCACGGUAACAAGCUGGAGGGCGCUGGGGAAGAGGAGGGAGGAGGAGAGAAGGGCGGGGAGCCGUCCGGCAGGGCCCCGGACUCCCAGGCACGCUGGCUGGGGCGCCUCUACAUGAUCAACGUGGCUUUCCGUCUGGUGGCGGAGGUGGCGUUCCUGGCCGGCCAGUGGUGGCUGUACGACUUCAAGGUGGAGCCCCUGUUCAUCUGCACCAGGUUCCCCUGCCCCCACACUGUGGACUGCUUCCCCUCGCGCCCCAUGGAGAAGACCAUCUUCCUCUGCUUCUACUUUGGGGUGGGGGUGGUGUCUGCGCUGACCAGCGUGCUGGAGCUGGGGCGCAUCCUGUUCAAGAGGGGGUGCUGUGGCGGAGGGAGGGGAGCGGAGGGGAGCGAGAGCGGGCUACGCCACACAGAACCACCUAAAUACUGAGCAGGAAGCUCCAGAACCAGAACCAGCCCCUCUCCCCACAAGGGCACCCCAGACAGGACCCCAUCGCAGCAGGUGUAGGUGCAGCAGCCCUACUUUGCUGGGGUGCAGGCUCUGUACGGAACUGACCCGCUCUCCUCCGAAAAGGGGGUCCCGUUGAAGCAGGAGCGGCAGCAGAAGCAGGUUUCUGAAAGAAAAAAACAAUCUGCAUGUGUGAGCUUAGUGUCUAUGUGCCAGCUGGACUCACUGAACUCCACAAUAAGAUCCACAUGAGAUACAUACAUAUAUUUAUAUAUAUAUGAACUUUGGAACCUCUCGGAAUGAACAUUCUAUUCUGACAUAUUCUGCUGUUAUACCUCCUUUCAAACCUAUAUACAGCUCUGGUCAAAAGUUUGGCAUCACUCUACAGAAUUAACUCAUUUUGCUUUAUAAAGUUGAAUGAAACCUGCUGUAUAAUGUUAACAUAUUGAAUUACAUACCACUUUGUAGAUUCUUUGAUUAAAUAAAAGAUCGAAAUUA